GAAAAAACUUGCUUUAAUAAGUUAACCUUUGACAGCUUUAAUGCUAGCUUUGCUCUAAUGGAGGAUUGUUCCCUCCCUCAGGACUCUCUGUUCCUGGGGUUCGACUGUUCUACCCAGUCACUAAAGGCGACUGUUUUAGACGCUAAUCUCACGAUUGUGCGGUCAGAAACUGUGAAUUAUGAUCUCGAAUUGCCUCACUACAAAACCGUGGGUGGCGUUUACAGAUACCCUUUGGUUAACGGGAGAAUCGUUUCACCUCCAUUGAUGUGGGUCGAAGCUCUGGACCUCAUUCUUGAAAAACUGGACAAGUCCAAUCUGGAAUUCGGGAAAGUCGCUGCAAUUUCCGGCAGUGCUCAACAGCACGGCAGCGUUUACUGGAACAAAGGCGGUUCUCAAGUAUUAUCUUCCCUGGAUUCCAAGAAACCAUUGGUGGAUCAGCUUCGUGAUGCAUUCUCAGUUCAAGAAUCUCCGAUAUGGAUGGAUUGCAGCACCACAGAGCAGUGCAGAGCCAUAGAGGAGGCUGUUGGAGGGGCUUUAGAACUGGCAAAACUUACUGGUUCUCGAGCUCAUGAGAGAUAUGUUGGUCCUCAGGUGAAGAAGAUAUUUGAGGAACAAAGUGAAGUUUAUGAUAACACAGAGAGGAUUUCGCUUGUUAGUUCGUUCAUGGCAUCUGUUCUCGUUGGGGGUUAUGCCUGCAUUGAUCAAACUGAUGGCGCGGGGAUGAAUCUCAUGGAUAUUAAGACCCGGGCUUGGUCUAAAAUCGCUCUGGAGGCUACUGCACCAGGUUUAGAAGAGAAACUGGGGAAGAUAGCACCUUCACAUUCUGUUGCUGGUCUUAUUGCUUCUUAUUAUGUAAAGAAGUAUCACUUCAACAGAGACAGUGUGGUUGUUCAUUGGUCUGGAGACAACCCUAACAGCUUAGCAGGGCUGACCCUCAAUACUCCAGGAGAUCUGGCAAUAAGUCUGGGCACUAGUGACACAGUAUUUGGAAUCACUGCAGACUAUAACCCAAGCCUAGAAGGCCAUGUCUUUCCAAAUCCAGUAGAUACAAGAAGCUAUAUGGUAAUGUUGGUAUACAAGAAUGGAUCUUUGACUCGUGAAGAAAUUCGUAAUCAAUGUGCAAACAGAUCUUGGGAAGUCUUCGAUUCUUUCCUGCAACAAACACCACCUCAGAAUGGUGGAAAGAUCGGUUUUUACUACAAGGAGCAUGAAAUACUUCCUCCCUUACCAGUUGGUUUCCACCGCUACAUUGUAAAAGGUUUCAACGGGGGCUCUCCAGAAGCAAUGGAAGAACAAGAGGUUGAGGCGUUUGAUCCUCCCUCUGAGGCUCGAGCAAUAAUUGAGGGGCAAUUACUUUCCAUGCGAGCUCAUGCUGAGAGAUUUGGUAUGCCUUCUCCAAAAAGGAUAAUUGCAACUGGAGGAGCAUCUGCAAAUAAUCACAUUCUGAGCAUAAUUGCAUCCGUUUUUGGAUGCAACGUAUAUACAUCCCAAAAGCCGGACUCAGCUUCCCUUGGAGCGGCGUUGAGGGCGGCUCAUGGAUGGUUGUGUCACAAAAACGGCACUUAUGUUUCCAUAUCUUCCAUGUACACGAACAAGUUGGAGAAAACAUCUCUCGACUCCAAGCUUGCAUCACUUCCUGGAGACCAAGAAACCUUUGCCAAGUAUACUUCAUUGAUGAAGAAAAGAUUAGAGAUAGAAAACCGCCUUGUUCAAAAGCUCGGGCGUUAUUGCAAGUAAGUAACCUCCCCGAUGCAUAUGUUUCAGAUCAAUAGAAGGCAGACGCGAAAUUUGAAUGAUGCAUUAUGGAUGGCAAUAAGAGCGAAGCAGUGCUGUGCAGACUAACAGGUAACCUUUAUUUGGAAAAACAGUGUAUGAACAUAUAGAAGGAUCCAAGAGGGAAUAUGUUUGAACAGCAACAUAGUUGCAAAAUGCAUUCAUGUAUCCCAAACUAUAGAAAAAUGAUUCUCACACCAAUAGUUGUGAGACAAGCUUUGGCUAAAAAGGUUUCAAUAGCA